CUAAAUCUACCCACCCACACACCCCUCUAAUGGGCACCAUCAUGUACUACUACCCCAUCUCCAACAAAAGACAACGAUGACAUCAUCGUCUCCUCCAAACCCACCACCUGCAACUCCAUCUUCACUAACCGAAACCCUAACCCUAAUCCUCUCCAAUACCACUAAUAAUCCCACCACCUCUUCAAUCUCCCAAUUCAUCCCUUAUCUAACCCCAACAGUCAUCCACUCAAUCAUCCAAUCCAAAACCCUCAAAUCACACCCCCAAAUUCUUCUUCAUUUCUUCAAAUUCUCCCUAAUUCACGCCCCAAAUUUCUCCAUCGGAUCUCCCACCACUCUCCCCUCCUUCUUCACCCUCCUCCAAACACUAUUCGCCCACAACAAAUACUCCGAUGCCAAAACUCUCCUCGUCGAUUUCAUCGCCGCCGACACGCGCCGCCUUCUCCUCCGCCGCAUCCUCCACCCCGCCCGUGACAUGCCACGUCAUUCCAAAGCUCUCUACGACACUGCAAUUGGUGCUUAUGUGCAAACAGGAAACCCUAGUUUUGCUAUGAUUGUGUUUAGAAGGAUGAAAAGGCUCAGAAUUUGCCCUAAGUUGAUUACCUGCAACACUUUGAUUAAUUCACUGGUAAAACACUCAUCUUCUCACUCACUUUUGUAUUCUAGACAAGUGGUUAAUGAUGCUAUUAAGCUAGGAGUUGUUCCUAAUGUUAAUAUGUUUAAUAUUAUCAUAAAUGGUUAUUGUUUAGAGAAUAAGUUUAGUGAAGCUAGGGGCUUCAUUCAUAAAAUGAGGGACUUUGAUUGUGUGCCUGAUAAUGUUACUUACAACACUUUGUUAAACGCCUUGUGUAAGAAGGGGCGGUUGGGUGAAGUUAGGGAAGUUUUGUUGGAAAUGAAGGGUUACGGGUUGUUUCCGAAUCGGAACACUUAUAAUACUUUGAUUCACGGGUAUUGUAUGCGGAAAGGGUGCUUGAAUGAAGCGACUCGUGUGCUUGAACUAAUGACGGAAAGUAAUUACUUGCCGGAUGUUUGGACUUACAACACGUUGAUUAGCGGGCUUUGUGACGAGGGGGAUGUUGACGAAGCGGUUAGAGUUGUUGGGAAGAUGGAGAAGUUGAAGUUGUUGCCUGAUGUGGUUACGUAUAACACGUUGAUUGACGGGUGUUUUAAGUGGAAAGAUGGUUCUGAGGCGGUUAAGCUUCUUGAUCUGAUGAGUGAAAGAGGGGUUGAUAGGAAUGAGGUUACGUAUAAUAUAUUGGUUAAGUGGUAUUGUAAAGAAGGGGAUAUGGAUAAAGCUAGCCGAACGGUUGAGCAUAUGGAGGGUAGUGGAUUUGUUCCCGAUAGUGUGACGUACAAUACUUUGAUUAAUGGUUAUUGCAAAGCGGGUGAUUUAAGAGAAGCGUUAAAGAUAAUGAAAGAUAUGAUCGGGCGAGGUUUGAAGAUGGAUACUUUUACGGUUAAUACUGUUCUGCACGCGUUAUGUGUAGAGAAGAAGCUAGAUGAAGCGUAUAGAUUACUUCAAGAUUGUAAAAACCGAGGUUAUAUCAUUGAUGAAGUAAGCUAUGGAACGUUAAUAGUCGCGUAUUUUAAGAACGGGAAUGCUGAUGACGCGUUAAAACUUUGGGAUGAAAUGAAAGAAAGAGAGAUUGUUCCCAGUAUUAUUACUUACAACUCGAUUAUUGGAGGGCUAUGCAAGUCAGGUAAAACCGAUCAAGCGAUUAUGAAGUUGAAUGAGCUUCUAGAAAACGGGUUAUCACCCGACGAAACAACGUACAAUACAGUUAUUCUCGGGUAUUGUUGGGAGGGAGAUGUUGAAAAAGCGUUUCAGUUUCAUAACGACAUGGUUAAGAACGAUUUCAAACCCGAUAUUUAUACAUGUAACAUUCUUCUUCAAGGGCUUUGUAGUAAAGGGUUGGUGGAGAAGGCGUUUACUCUGUUCAACACGUGGGUUUCGAACGGGAAAAACGUCGACGCAGUAACCUACAACACGCUGGUAUCGUGUUUGUGUAAAGUUGGGAGAUUUGAAGAUGCAAUGGGCCUCGUUACUGAAAUGAAGAAGAAGAACUUAGGGCCCGAUAAAUAUACGUAUAAUGCGGUUCUUGGUGUGCUUACAGAUGGCGGAAAGCAUCAAGAGGCGGAGGAUCUGAUGUCAAAGAUGAUCGAAUGGGGGGAUGUGUUUGACGAUGCGAAUGCGUUAGGAGUUAAAGAGGAAAUAGAUGCAAGUUCAGGGGCUUAUUCGGAAAAUAUUGACAAGCUUUGCAGUGAAGGUAAAUAUAGGGAUGCGAUGAGAGUUUUUGUAGAAGUAUCAGAGACGGGUAUGGCUGUGAAGAAGUCUACUUGUAUCAAUUUGAUGUGUGCACUUGUUAAGAGAGAAAUAAGUAGGUCGAAUGUUGGUUGACUGCAAAAAGUCAACGGAUGUAUUAUCAUAAAAAGAAAACAUUUUGAGUUUAUAAUAUUCAUGUUUUUUUUAUUGAGAA